CGGCUGGAACCGGCAAGAGUUUUCUUUUAAACCAUUUAAUCGGGCUCUUACAAGAAAAAUACGGCGGCGAGCAAGUCGGAAUUACUUCCACAACUGGCACCGGAGCUAUUAUUAUUCGGGGAAACACUAUUCAUUCCUACUUAGGAAUUGGCAUUUCCAUGUUAGAGGGGGAAUUAUUCGCCAAAUUAGAAACUUUAGCCGGAAUUAUUAGAAAAAAUGAAGAACCUUUUGGUGGCAUCCAAUUAAUUUUAUUUAUCGGCAAAAAAGCAACUGAUGAUGGGAUUAAGCCUCUCAACUUAUACUCCAAAAACCGAGAAGUAGGAAAUUUAAACACCAAAGAACUAGCACAAUUACCAGGUGAUGCUUAUUUUUUUGCCGCGAAAGACGAAGAAAUUUUUCCUGGUCAGUCCGUGGAGUUAGCCCGGAGUUGUUUGGCCGCCGCGAAACUGGAAUUAAAAGUCGGAGCCCAAGUUAUGUUAAUUAAGAAUUGGUAUGAAAAAGGCUUAGUUAAUGGCAGUCAAGGAGUAGUAAUGGAUUUU